AUGUCUUCCCAGUACAGCCAACAGUCCCUAACAGUGUUAAGUCUCUUUGGAAUCCUGGCUGGUAUUAUGGCAUCGCUUUCGGUCAUCCUGAUCUUCCAGGUUCAGGAUACUGUGAAGAAGGCACAAUAUCCUGCUGGUUUGGACCCAGAGGCGAGUGAGGUCUUGCUUCAAGCUUCAGCAGUCUUUGCAUCUCUGUGUCUUGCACUCAAUGCCAGUUGUCUUCUCCUAUGUCUGCUCCAGACCUACCACACGGCUGAGGCCUGCAGAGAUGAUCCUGAGUCUGGGAGGGGUGACUGGUUCCUGCUGGCUAACCGGAGCAUUCGUCAAUCAGCAAUAUAUAUGUUCUGCCUUGGAAUAUGUCUCUAUUUAGGAGCUCUGUCACUUUAUAUGCUAAUCCUGUUUGAGAUCGAAACAGGAAUAGCUAGCGCAUGUAUCCUUGCCUCAGGUGCCAUUUUUAUGGUAAUUACUGUCGCCCACACGACACACAGAGCAUCUCAGGCUGCCCAGCAGAGGCACAACCAACUGCCCAGCACCCUCUUUGAAAACGACUCUGCACCUGAAGGAGAGCUGAAUGACUCCACUCACUCGGAUUGCAACAAUGCUAAGGACAUCUCACCAGUACGUCCACGCCCAGAGAUCCACAGAGAGUUUUCUUACCCACCCUUCCUCCAGCAGCAACAGAAACUCCAGAGACCAUCUCCAGGAUUAUGUAAUAUGACUUGCUUGGGGAAUGAGAAUGAAAUCCCAGGCCACAGCACAGGAAUGGAACGUUAUAACAUCCCCAGAAUGCAACGGACGCUGUCUGCAGAAUCUGGGCUUAUACCGCCUCAACCCAAACAAUGGAAUGGGCUACAUCAGGAGAUGAGACCUGUUAUAACAAGAAAACCAGGUGUCGUGGGGAAAGAUUCAACCCUUGUAUAA